UAGCUUGGUUUGGCUUGACUUGCCUUCGAACAUCAAUUUUAAUGCGUGCACCAGCAAUAAUACACGACCACACGAUUUUCCAAUUACACUCAAUUUGCAUUUUUAUGCCAGGCUAAUGCCAUUGUUAUCUAUCAACAAUAAACAAAAAAAAUAUUCUAACGGAAAGUGACACACACGUUGCGACGCGAUCACUCUUGGUUGACCGACUCACGCGAUCGCUUGUCCCGCAAACGAAGAAAUGUAUACGCUUUUCGAUUAAUCAAUGCCUAAUCAACGAAACACGUGAACGACUGGUUUCGUUUUAAUUAAAAUUUAUAGUUUUGUGAUAAUGAAAGCAGAGUGAACACUGAACAUUUAAUUUACGGCGAGAGACGAAACAAUGUGAUCGCAAAGAAAUUAUAUAAAUAGAUUGGAAUGACCUAUCAAUCAACAUCAAUCGAACGCUGUUCACUUAGCCUAAUAAAUCAUAAGAAAACGUCAUCAAAAAAACUGAUUACAACACAAGAGGCCCCAUGAUCAACCUUGGAUUAUUUUUCAAAAUUGUCAUCGUACGAUAAAUUCCAAAUACUAAAGAAAGAUGAUGGUGCAUAAAUUGAACAUCGAAAUGAGAGAUGGGUCUCCAGCAGUAAAAAUGCCAUUAUUCGAUUGAACAAAUUAGUUAAAUUUAAUAGCAAUUUCAUGGAAAAUCGAUGUCAUUGCUUGGAAUAAUAUUCAAAUUCUCAAUCACUCGCCACUACGCGAUUAAGUUGAUUUUUUCAUAUUUUUUUUUCAUUUUUAUCCAGUCACAUGCCACUGUAAUCUGUCCAUUGUACUCGAAUUGAGGAGCUUAAAAUUGUAAUUUUCAUUUAAUUCUUCGUUUCGUUUUCUCUCAUUCUGGUUCGCAGCGACGAUCACGCUCGUAGCGAAUGAAGUGAGAAGGGCGAAUUAAACCGUCAAGUCAUGACAUACACAAUUGAGGAUGAGCGUCACUUUUAUCAUUAUCAGCAUGCAAUUGAAUGAAAUGUGCCCACAUUUUCGAUCGAGUCUCAAAUCAUUCUGUUAAAUCAACGUUGAAUUGUAAUUCAUUUGAAUGAACGAAAAUCACACAAAGAAAGAAGAAGAAAAACCAUUUGAUUUAGAGAGGAAACAUCGUGCGCACUAUAAGUUGGACUCGUGACAAUAGUUUUGUACACGUAGCAACCAUAUCGAAAAUGAAAUCGACAACUUAUUCCAAAAGUUUUUAUAUAAAUUUAUGCGUUGUUCCGAGUCACCGCAGCGGCGUGUGUUAAAUAGUUUUUUUUUCCUUUUGAAUUCUCAAAUUCGGAAAGGGCUUGCAAUCAUGAUGAACCCAUUUAAAAUCGUAAUGAAUAUUGCGCCAUUAAACGUGCGUCUGAUUUUAGCCACACUCUAACGAUAUCAGGCAGGUGGCCCGCAUACACAUCAAUUAAUUGCGAUGAAAGUAAACGUGACCAGAGAAAGAAUCAACCAGCAACGAUACACUACAUCCAGCUUUGACUAUUCCGCUGAUUGACAUUCUCCUAAUUGCUGCUUUCUAAUGCUAAGUUUGAUUCCGUUUCGAACUCCAUUCAACCCGACUCGAAAUCGAGAACGAAGAAAAUACUUUGCGAAUGUAUUACCUUUCAUGAUCAAGAGCCAAUUUCAAUGAGCUACUUCAAGCCAAGCGAGUGAAUUCGGUUUUAGAUGUUCAAAAAAAAAUGAAAAACCAUUAAGAAACUUCACACACCAAAUGCACCAGAACAAUGCGCUUGAAUGAAAAGAAGAAGAAAUACAAGGAAAACAAUGAGCCCAAUUUCGAGUGACGACUGAAAAUGGUAAACAAUAGAAACUACUUGUUGUUUCAUUUUCUUUUACCUUUUUGUCUUGGUUUUGCAUUUUAAAUUGAUUUGCCGCAUCGUCGAAUAACUUAUUUUUGUAGUGCUUCCACUUCUACGGUGAAUAUUCAUAAUGCGCCGCAUUCUCAGUGGACUUUUGUUUGUUUUUUUCCUCUUCAGCAUUGCAACCGAAACGAAGAGAGAGAGAAAAGUCGUUAUAAAAGCCCGGACGACAACGGAAACCCUUUAAACGUUGCGCUCAGCUGCAUCACACAUAGUAUGAAUCUGAGUGGCAAAAGUAUGUUCUUCAUUACCGUUCUUAAUCCACAUUUGAACGAUGUUGGAUGUGUAUUUUUUUCCGUCGACCAUCUCGAUGCUGUGCUGUUUCCAUUGUUACGUUUCACUAUGGUUCAAGUGUUCUGAAAAUGACGGCAGAAAGAUACAAAAAAAAACAAUGUAGUAAGAAUGAGUUUUGUGUGUGCAUAUUGCGCAACAAAAUCGUACGGCCUAUAAGCUCUCGCAUUCAACGAGUGUCAUUAGCCAAACAAGCACAAGUUGUUACGAUGAAUCUAUGUGAAAACUGCCGUUAAAAAUCAGGUCAACAACAGCAACAUAAGAAAUCUCUCAGUGGGCAUUGUUCUUGACUAUUAGCUCUUUGGCUUGGAUAUUUUCUGUAAUGAAUUUUCAACUUCUCUGCUGUUCGCAUCGUGCUCAAGUUUACUUUGGUUGCGUCAUCGAACACAGUACACGUUAUCGAAUGAACAACAAAAACCAAACUAUUCUAUUGAUCGCCGUCGAUUAUACUUUGUUCGAGUUAUUGCUUAUGAAAUCCAUUGAUUCGAUGGGAACGCGUUUUUUUUUUGCUGGACCAAAGAAAAUUGACGAUAAUUUGCCAUUAGAAGAAAUUAACUGCCUGAAAUGAAUGAAGAAAAAAAUCUAUCGAAUUAGCCAAAACGAACAAUUUUUCGUUCGACGUGGAAUUCUGAGGUGUUGAAAUAUCGGACUAUUUAUCGAUCUCCUUCGCUGUUCGGCUAAUUAGAUUAUUCAAAAUAGAGUUCAAUCGACAUCAUGAGAUCGUUGUUGAAUCGGUUCGCAUGAAGUACAGUAGCAGACGUAGUAAUUGUCGCUCGCUUCAGCGUAUAACGGAAUGCACACUUAUGCAAAAAAAAAAUUCUCAAUUAUAUCAUUGAGUUCCGCAUUGACAGCGUGCGCGCAUUGCAUUGGGUUGUCAUUAAAAAAAUAUCAUCCAUCUCUUUAUGGAAAUUAUAAUAUACGCGGCUAUUGAUUAGCUAUUGUAGUCGAUCGAAUACAGUUAUCAUGGCAAAAACCAGUAGAUAGAAACGCUGGAACAUAUCGAUCUUGCGGCCGAUUAGCAGGCGUUCCUAAAGAGUUUUGCACACUUAUCAAUGCAACAGGCUUUUAGCAUUUCCCCUGGUUAUGGUUCGAUCUCUCAUUCAUAAGUGUUUGCCGUAUUGUUUACCGGUUUGUCUUCCUUUUUGGAAUGUAUAUUGCGCGUGCUUUCGUUUCGAUAAUUUAUUGGUUAUGAUCGGACCUGCCGUUGUGAUUACUUGGUGAUUUGAAUGUUUUAUUUUCUGCCCGAGAAAGAGAUUCGAAUGAAGAAGCCAAGGAUCUGGGAGGCGGUAAAAUGAGCCAUAAUUUAAUGUGAACUUGGAAAUUAUCAUAAAAUAAACGAUUGCCGUCGGCACAAACGUGUGCGUGUGUGUGUUUGGAAAAAUUGAAAAUGGCCGUAAUUACAUAGGAGUGGAUCGAAAUUCCAGAACGAAAUGAUUUGAUUUAGACGAAAACACAGACAUAAUGUUCGAUGCCCGUUUUUAGGUGAACAUACUCUGCUUUUCUUUCUUUGGAAAUCUCGUACAAAUAUGGAGAAGGAAAAAUUAAUUGAUUUCAACUUUCGAAUAUUUCUAAAGCAAGAAUCGAUAUUUGAUUUCAAACGUAUCUAUGGCACGGUGUCGAAGGAAGUCUCUCUGUCGGCAGCGAGAGAUUGAAUGCAAAAUAAAUUGAAGAGUGACGGAAGUGUGCAUUGUAAUUUGACGCAAAUCAUUUUCGAUCAAGUCAGCAAAUACAUUAUUUCACUAUUGAAAAAAACAACAACAUCGUUACUAUUUAUCGUGCAGUAUUGAUCAGCACUUAGGGGCUUCAAUGACUAUGGCAUGGCCUGAAAUUGCACAUACUUACACCGUUGAAAGUGGAAAAUAUGCUGUUGUUAGGUAUCCCAUUCUUACGAUGUUGUUAUUUUUCUUUUUACCCGUUUUUCGUUUUCGUUGUUGUUCGUCGAAUGAGACGCGCACACACAAUAUCGGCAACACUGUAUGUUUAUUCUGUUUGAAACAUUCAAUUCACAAUAGACUCAUUUUGUACUUCAAACACACACAGUACUACAUGUUAUGAAAUGAAUGAUGAAAAUUAAGAAUGAGAGAAUUAAUAGGUUCAAUAUGUGCUCGCAGUGUUGCUUUCCUCUCCUCCUCUUCACCUUUCACUCUAUCAUCCAUUUUGUCUAUUUGUAUUAUCGCUGGGGUAUAUUUGUGCACAAGACACUUCGCAUUUCGAUAGUGUUCUUCUAUUCGGCUUUUAUUAAAUGUUCUAUUGUUGUGAUGAAAAGAAGAACACUGAACUUUAAAUGAAAAAAUACGAUGGAUAGAAUUUCAUGAGAUAAAGAAUGGGACAUGACAAAGGCAUUUUUGCCUGAAUCCAUUUUUCCAUUUUUUUCUAUUCCCUUCUGUUGACUGAUUUAAUAGGAGUUUUAUAAAGAUCUAAAUUUGAAAAUGAUCUAUGCCAGUAAUUUAAGGACAAUUACCAUGAAAUUGGGUCAAGUAAACCGAAUUAUUAAUGCACAUCGAAUAAUCUUGCACACCUUCGAAGAAACCAGGCUGAAACAUUAAAAAAAAUAGGCAUUCAACGACCGAAAUUUAAUGUAAAUUUUUCCAAAAUAUUUAAACCACCGUAGGUUUUGUGUCAUGCAAAUGCAUGUACAACACUAAGUGCAUAGGUCUCAAACGAUAAGUGAAACACUCAUUUCGAAGUCACGAAUUUCGACUCAGACUAGAGCUCAUGGAGCGUUUAUCGCAUCGAUCGCAAAUUGGCCCAAUUUCACAAUCGCUGUCUUUUGAACAAUGUAAAAAAGAAAGCUGAUAAGAUCAAAUGCAACGAUUUCGUUUGGUUGCACUUCAAAGACGAAACGACAAAAUCGACACACACGAGAAAUCGGUUCGGUAAAUAAACAUGAACACUUAUUUCAAAAAUGUUCAUCAUUCCAAGUGUCCAAACGUCCAACAAUUGGCUUUGUUUCGACAUCAAAAAAGAAAAACAAUGAUUAUUAGAUUAAUGGAUUAGUUGUCUGUAUAAAUGGAUGAAUUUGAAUACACAAACACACAUAGACAUAUCAAUGCUCGGCUCAGGUAGAAAUCGUUUAUUUAGAAACCGGCCAAACAAUUUCGAUCUUUGUCGGCUUUUCAAGACCUCGAGUGCAAAUAGGUCAAAAAUGUUGUGUAAAAGAGUAAAUAUUCUAAAGAUAAAAAUAUUUGAGUUUUUUAAGGUUCGGAUCGAAUCGGAUAAAAAAUGCCAAAGCCCCAUAAAAUCGAAAACAAAUCAAAUGCGUGGAAUAAUUCCAGUGUUCAUAAACUCGAGGAAUUGAAAAUGGACAAAAAGAUAAGUGGUGUAAGGCUUCGUUUGAAAUGGAUCGGCAUGUCGAAUGGGCGAAAGAAGAUCCAGGUACCAGCCGACAAUGGCAAUAAAAUCGAUACACACAAUAACGGUAGUUUUUGUACAGCCAAUGUCAAAUGAAGCGGAUAAACCACGUUAAAGCAUUGUUGAGCGUUCAGCAAAACCCUUCGACUCGAUUCAUCGUCUUUUUCGUUCAGUUGUUAAUUUUCAACAAACAGGAAGACAGUAGCCCAUUACAAAAUAUAUUGCAAAUCCAAAGCCAAUAUUCACGUUAUUUUCACCCCGGGACGCACGUUGCAACAUUCAUUUGCAUUACUUGUUUCGGAUGUAUUCUUCUGGCAUUUGACGCUUUGAGAGAAUAAUUACUUUUGUCCAAAACAAGAACUGCCUUUGUUUUUUUCUCGUUUCGUCGUGCCGCAAUGACAACAUAUUUACAUUUAUAUAUCCAUUUGGUUUGGCAUGUGUUCAUCAGUUCAUUUGCUUCGUUUCUCUUUUGUUCAUCACAUUCUGUCUUGUGCACAGCUAAUUCUGUCCUGAAUGAAAUCACGAAGCCGUAUACACAAACGACGCAAAAAAAAACAAAAGGUUACAAACACACACAUACACACACUAUCGCAUAUACACUCACAAAAAUGCUGACACUGAAUUUCUCGUCUCGAGACAAUCACCAUCGCUCGAUUGGAGUGUAAGCAAGACAGAACGUCGCUUAAGCUGUGCUGCUGUUGUGAAUCAUCAUCACACAAUACGUAAUUCUUCUCGUAUAUAUACACUUUUUUUUCCCGCUUGUUUACAUAAUUUUCUAUUUUGAACGAAAACUCAUUAUAUACACAAUUUGCCACAUCUCAUUUCGUUUUCGGCAUGCGGCACACACAAAGCGGUCGCGAUUCAGUUAUGAUUGAGUCACAGAUGAAAUAGGUCCAGUGUAAAGUUGUCAAAAAAUUAUAAAUUUAUUUUGCGAAUUCAUUUAGAGGCAGAGAGAGAGAGAGAGAGAGAGAGAGAGAGAGAGAGACAGGGAUUUAGCGCGUGCCUCGACACAACAACAACAAAAAACGAAGUAAAAAAUAUCAACGUUGAAUUCUGUGCAACUGUGAUAAAAAUUACAAUGUGACCGAGAAAAAGAUUCGAAUCCGAUUUAAAGGAUUUUAAGCUUCAUCAAAAAUGCCAAGUGUUUGUGAUUACAUUUUAAAUACGAUAUUCAGUAGACUAACGAGUGGUGAUAGAUCGAAUGCGACCAAAGACACAUCAUACGAGAAAGCAUGCCGACGUGGUUCGGCUCCGUCGACACCGAUAUUGGGCCAGAAAAAUCCACCCGAACAACAAUCGACAUCACGAUUCACAAAUUUCUUCUCCAAACGUUCUUUCAGAUCGAAUCCAUUGAAACGAACAAAAUCAGUGACAAAAUUGGAGCGAUCGAAACGAGGACCGGGCGGUUUGCGUGGUUCACGAUCACAUGAAUCGUUGUUAUCGAGUCACGCCGUGAUGUCGACAAUUGACCUAUCAUGCACCGGAGCCGUUGGUGUGGCUCCCGUUCAUCAAUCGGUGCUCGGUCGACGGCACUGUUUCCAGGUGCGUGGUGGUCCACGUGGUGAACGCUACUACAGUUGCGGAUCACGACAAGAACGAGACUUAUGGAUUUACAGUUUGCGUAAAUCGAUUGCACCAAAUGCCGAGCAUCAGCGACGCACCGACAAUUCACUGAAAAUGUGGAUUCAAGAAGCCAAAGCCAUUACCCCGAAGAAACGCUACUUCUGCGAAAUAAACUUGGACAAAACACUGUAUGGCCGAACGAGCGUCAAACAAAAGACGGAUCUUUUGUUUUGGGGUGAAUAUUUUGAUUUUCCCGACAUACCCGACAUCAAUGUGAUCACAGUGAAUGUGUUUCGCGAGGGUGACAAAAAGAAGAAGCGUGACAAACACAUUCUCGUUGGAUCGGUGAAAAUUCCGAUUCAUGAUGUGACUAAAACGACACGCGAAUUCACCGAAGAUUGGUAUCCAAUUGUUUCAGAGAAGCACGAUAGUUUUAGUCGUAACUCGACCAAAGAACCAAUACCAACAUUACGGAUUAAAUGCCGUUUCCAAAGCAUUGACAUUCUGCCCAUUGAAAUUUAUACGGACUUUUUGCAAUACAUGAAAGAACACUAUAAGAAGGUAUGUGAGAUAUUAGAACCAGUUAUUUUGGUGAAACCAAAAGAAGAUAUUGGACAGGCAUUGGUGCUGCUAAUGCAGGCACACGGUUUGGCCGGACCGUUUUUGACAGAUGUCGUAGCAUUAGAUUUACUCCGGGUGGACGAUCAACGUUUAACGUUCCGUGGCAAUUCGCUGGCCACAAAGAGCAUGGAAGCAUUCUUAAAAUUGACCGGAGAACAAUACUUGCAAGACACACUGUCCGGCCCGAUCACCGAAAUCAUCACGUCAGAAAAAGACUUUGAAGUGGAUCCAUUGAAAGCGCAUGGUUCAUUGUCACGGCAACAACAAGCUCUACGCAAUGCCGUUAAAAAUACAUGGAACAGCAUUGCCGAAUCGCACAGAAAUUUCCCACCUCAACUUCGCGAAUGUUUCGCCACAUUCAGAGAGCGAUUGAUCGAAUUGAACCGAGAAGAUAUGGCUGAUAACUUGAUUAGUGCAUCAAUCUUCUUGCGUUUCUUGUGCCCGGCCAUUCUGUCGCCAAGUUUAUUCAACAUCAAGAAUGAACUUCCAUCGCAAAGAGCAACCCGUAAUUUGACUCUGGUGGCAAAGACAUUGCAAACAUUGGCCAAUUUCACACGGUUCCAAGGCAAAGAAGACUUCAUGGAAUUCUUGAACGAUUUCCUUGAGCAAGAAGCGCCACGCAUGAAGGAGUUCUUGCACCAAAUUUCAACGCGAUCGACACAACCGCCAGUUGACACAGUACUUGAUUGGCCUGGCUACAUUGAUGAGGGCAAGCAAUUGGCGAUUCUCCAUCACUUGCUGUCGGAAAAUAUUCUCAAGCUGCCGAUUCCUCGUCAAAACGAGCUGAUUGAAUUGCAAGGCGUUUUGGGUGAAAUCACAAGAGCAAAACUGUCCAAUAGUUUUGGUGUUUCACAAACCAAUCUGUCUGAAAGCAGUCAUUCAACUGUGCAAACUCACACAUUGUCUCGAUCUGAAAGCGGCAAUAUCACCUCAAACUCCAUCAUCAAGCCACUGGGCAAUGGUGAACGUGGCAUUAUGCGAGGUGUACUCACACCGAGCUCGUUGGAAAAGAACAUUUUCCGUUAUAACGAUCCAACCGUUUCGCCAUUGUUGAAUCAGGAGAACGGUGGUAUCAAUCGCAGCCAAAAUAGCAUCUACUCGAAUUCGAUUCAACACUCGCACUCCACUUCGAGCAUAUCAUCGAUUUCAAAUCAUAAUCACAACAAUUAUCAAAAUCAUUUGUUGUCCACCACCGUACAUCAUCAUCAUCACAAAAACCAUGCACCCAGCCCAGAGCGCUAUGCAUACUUACAGCAGCAACAACAAAAACAACAGCAUCAACAAUAUAAGAGCAAUGUUUACUUGGAAUCGAACGCAUCGACCGCAUCGACGCCACGCAAUUUUAACACCACAUCACACUAUUAUCCGACGAAUGGUGGCGGAUUGAAUGGUCGACGAAGCCCGUCAUUGCGUGCGAACACAUUGCCGCGAAACAACAACAUAAUCCCAGUUACCACAAUCAACAAUAAUGGCGUCCACGUGGAAAAAAACAAUUCGCCAGCAAAGAAUUCGAAUCUCAUUCAGAUCGGAUUGGACACGUCGUCAGCAUUUGUACGAAAGAGCCCGACACCGAUGCUUAAAUCACAGAAUAAUCACAAUAAUAAUCACAUUAUGCAGAGGAAUGGUUCGCAAUUGAGUUUGUUGAGCGAUCGCGGAGGCAGUCAAAUGCAAGGAUCGCCACAUGUUAAUGGUAAAAAUGCGUUCAAUUUGGAUUUGGGCAUUCCGCACAGCAGCCUCAUUGAUCCACCGCAUCCACUGCACGCCGUUUCAGCUCGAACCACCAACCAUAAUUCGAAUAUGCCAAUGAAAUUGGAAGAUUUGGACGAUUUACUGAAAUAUGCCGAUGAACAGGCGACGAGCAAUGGCGAUGAAAUUAAAACAGCCAAAGUUGGAAGCAGCACAUCGAUUGGACACUGCAGCUCGGGAUACCAAAGCAUUGCCACUCAAUCGCAAAGUUCAACCAGCCCGGUUGAUUUGGCCAGCGGUGUCAAUGCACCGAAUGCAAACGAAUUUCCAACCAACAGCAUGAAAUCACGACGUGCCCUAGGCCAACACAUUUCAUCCGCUAAUGGAAAGUAUCAAAAUAGUAAAUAUGGUAACAAUAACAACAAUGCAAACAUCAUGAAUGGUGGUGCAUUAGCAUUUAAAAAUCCACUUUACCAAUUGCAAAAUGCGAUCGGAGUGAAUGGAUCGAAUGGUACAACGAUUGCAAUUAACAAUAACGUUGGUUCGAAUGGAAAAGGACGACGACCGCACUAUAGUCAGCUACACUCAAGAGUAUCACAGCAAUCCUCGUCACUUACACCAUCGAGCAGUGAUGAACGGCUAAGUCAGUCCAAUGCACUUGACGAUUCAAAUGGUAACACAGUCAAUGGAUUGAUUAGCAACAUAAACGGUACUCUCACCAGUAGCAGUGACAAAGAGCAUUCGCUCAAUGACGAUUGCGGCAGUGGAACGCUGAAUGGCAACAGUUCAACACUGAAUUCGAUUGCCAAACGUUUGACGGGUAGCAAUAAUCGUAUGCCACGAACAAAUCCUUUGAUGCAGUACAAACGCGAAGAACCCAUUGAACCGUUGGCACAUCACAACCAUAUCAGCCACCAUCUUCGAUUCCAAAGACGAACUAGCCUCGAUUCACCGCACUCUGGCUCAGAUAGCUCUUCAGAGGGUGAAGAAGUCAUUCGAAGCGAAGGCAAACGACGCCGAUUCCCCCGAACCGUUGAACAGUGUGAACGGGAAAUUCAACGGCUUCAAUCGUCAUUGGACGCACUCCGAUCUCAUCGUGAGGAUAAUGGUAGCGAUAUGGGUGGUCGAGACUCAAACGACGAUCUUUCAAUGCAACACAGUGACAUCAAAAUGCGAAAUAUCAUUGCCAAAUUGAUUUCCAUGGAAAAGGAGCUACGGCAAGAGCAAAUGAAAAUGUCGGUUGCAUUGACCCACAAGCAACGUGUCAUCGAAGCCCAAGGACAACAAAUUGCCGCUCUAGAUGCAGCCAACAAUCGAUUGCUCAGCGCACUAAGUAGCCUUCGACAACGAUACGAAACAGUGAACCAAUCGCCAAACUCAUCGAUCAAUCCAAAUCAUUCGGCACAUUGCUAAGCAAACUUACGUUUGGAUAUAUGACAAACGAUAAAUACAAAGAAAAAAAAACAUAUUGCUCAAUACAAAAAGAAUUUCUACAAUUUUUGUUGUUGUUUUUGUUUUGUUUGUUUCGAAAAGACGAAGAAAAACCAAAAUAAUGUGUGUGUGUGUGUUUAAUAUUAAAUGGCACAGCACAAAUCCAAACAUUACAUUUUUAAGUUCUUCACCAUCCCCUUCAAAAACUCACUCAAAACAUUAAGAAAUGUAUCACUAAUGUUCCCAACGUUUUUCUUUUUUUUUGUUAAGACAAGGAAAUUUUUACAUUUAAAUAGAAUAAAAAAGAAGAAACAAGCCCAAACAUUUCAAAGAGUA